AUGCUGGCCUCAGUCAUGCUCCUGGCCCUGGCCGUCCUGAGCGCCCUGAUGCUGAUGUCUGUCUGGAAUCAGAAGUUCUGGAGGAAGAUGCCUCCUGGCCCCAUCCCACUGCCCCUCAUUGGGAAUUACCUCCAGCUGGAUGCAGGAGACAUGUACAAUGCCCUUAUGAAGAUGAGCGAGCACUAUGGCCCCGUGUUCUUGGUCCACCUGGGGCUCCGCCGGAUCGUGGUGCUGUGUGGGUAUCACACUGUGAAGGAGGCCCUGGUCGACCAGGCCGAGGAGUUCAGUGGGCGAGGCCAGCAGGCCACCUUCAACACGCUCUUCGACGACUAUGGCCUGGCGCUGAGCAAUGGGGAGCGUGCCAAGCAGAUGCGGCGCUUCGCCAUCACCACGCUGCGGGACUUCGGCGUGGGCAAGCGCGGCAUCGAGGAGCGCAUCCAGGAAGAGGCGAGCUUCCUCAUCAAGAGGCUGAGGGGUACCAAUGGUGCCUUCAUUGACCCCACCUUCUACCUGAGCCAAACUGUCUCCAAUGUCAUCAGCUCCGUGGUGUUCGGGGACCGCUUCGACUAUGAGGACGAAGAGUUACGGUCGCUGCUGAAGAUGAUGAUGACGAUCAACGCAUUUGCAGCUUCACCUAUGGGCCAGAUCUAUGAUAUGUUCUAUUCCAUCAUGAAAUACUUUCCAGGACCACAGAGAAAGAUCUCUAAAAGCAUUCAGGGGCUGGAGGAAUUCAUCACCAAGAAGGUGGAGCAGAACCAACGCACCCUGGAUCCCAACUCCCCUCGAGACUUCAUCGACUCCUUCCUCAUCCACAUGCUGGAGAAGAAGAAAAACCCCAACACAGAGUUCUGCAUGAAGAACCUCGUGAUGUCAGCCCUGAGUCUCUUCUUUGCAGGCUCAGAAACCACCAGCUCCACACUCCGUUAUGGCUUCCUGCUGCUUCUGAAACAUCCAGAGGUGGAGGCCAAGGUCCAUGAGGAGAUUGACCUGGUGAUCGGAAGGAACCGGCAGCCCCAGUUCGAGGACCGCCACAAGAUGCCCUACACGGAGGCGGUGAUCUACGAAAUCCAGAGAUUCGCCAACUUUGCCCCCAUGGGCAUUCCUCGCAGGGUCACCAAGGACACCCGAUUUCGGGGCUUCUUCCUCCCUAAGGGUACUGAAGUGUUCCCCAUGCUGGGCUCUGUGCUGAAUGACCCCAAGUUCUUCCCCAACCCUGGAGAUUUCAAUCCUCAACACUUCCUGGAUGACAAGGGACAGUUUAAGAAGAGUGACGCUUUUGUCCCCUUUUCCAUCGGGAAGCGGUACUGCUUGGGAGAGGGCCUGGCUAAAAUGGAGCUCUUUCUCCUCUUCACCACCAUCUUGCAGAACUUCCGCUUCAAGUCCCCAAAGGCUCCCCAGGACAUCAAAGUGUCCCCUGAUUCCCUCGGCUUUACCAGAAUCCUACCAAAAUACACCUUGAGUUUUCUGCCUCUCUGAGCCCCCCAAGGCUGGGCCAGGGAAGGAAGAGUGGGUGAGGCUGGGGGGAAAUGGAGGGGCAGGAA